CUAUUGCAGAUCCCAGCCUCCUGCUAGACUAAUCAGUGGAGAGGAAGAUUUUUCAAGAAAGAAGUGCCUGGCUUGGUUUUAUGAAUAUGCAGGUCCUGAUGAAGUUGUAGGGCCAGAAGGAAUGGAAAAAUUUUGUGAAGACAUUGGUGUUGAACCUGAAAAUAUUAUUAUGUUAGUUUUAGCGUGGAAAUUGGAGGCUGAAAGCAUGGGAUUUUUUACCAAGGAAGAAUGGUUAAAGGGAAUGACCUCAUUACAGUGUGACUGCACAGAAAAGUUACAGAGCAGAUUUGAUUUUCUGCGCUCACAGCUGAAUGACAUCUCAUCAUUUAAGAAUAUCUACAGAUAUGCCUUUGAUUUUGCAAGGGAUAAAGAUCAGAGAAGCCUUGAUAUUGAUACUGCUAAGUCUAUGUUAGCUCUGCUGCUUGGGAGAACAUGGCCGCUCUUUUCAGUAUUUUAUCAGUACCUGGAGCAAUCAAAGUAUCGAGUUAUGAACAAAGAUCAGUGGUACAAUGUAUUAGAAUUCAGCAGAACAGUUCAUGCCGAUCUUAGUAACUACGAUGAAGAUGGUGCUUGUUUCAGAGGGCCGGUUCUACUUGAUGAAUUUGUUGAGUGGCAAAAAAUCCGUCAAACAUCAUAGCAAGAACUGUUGUGAAGAAAAUGCAAAUCUUGUGAAGAAAAUACAGAAAGAGGGAGGAUAUACAAGGGUGCAUUUUCACUCACGAAAGACUUCUCAUAGUACUUUUUUCCUUUUUUUUAAAGGAAGUUUUCUUGUUACAUG